CGACGCAGCUCGGUCGCCUCAGUAUUAAUGCUGGAGCUAGUCCACGCAUUCGUCGGCUGUCCCUCUUCCGAUGUCCAUAUCCUCACUCUUCCGAGUGAGAUUCUACUCGCAUAUGCAUUCGCUGACUGCGUAGUUUUGUUGGAUGCACGCACCUUUGUCUUUAAGAGAGCACUCACGUUCAGAGAGGUUUUCCCUAGUUCUCGAGAUACAAAUGAGCAUAUCAGACGCGUUUCAAUCGAGCCAAGCAUGAAGCUGAUUGCAGCUUCGAUGGGCCCAAACAUCGCUGUAUGGGCGCUUUCUGAUGUCCAGAAGGAUACUUGGAGAGUAUUUUCUUCUCUUAUAUCAGUCGAUAGGCAAUUGGUGACAGCUAUAGACUGCAAGUCUGGUCUUCUUGGUGUGGGUACUGCUACUGGGUUAUCGGUCUACACGUUGAAUCUUGAGGCCGGGUUGCCAGUUUGGACUAUAAAAUGGUCUAUUCCUACCUUGCCGUACUCGACAGUUCGAUUCUCACCGUCAUUAAUGCAUCUUGCCACCAUUAGCACUGAUGACAACGUAGUUCGCAUCUAUUCCACAGCGUCUGGUAGCUUGCUACAGUCCAUUCGACACCCUCGGCCAGUAAAAGACUUUAUUUGGAGAUUUUCUGAGAAGUCUAGCAGAGACGACCUCAUCCUGUAUACUAUAACGACGGAUGCUACGCUCCGCGUUUUUCUGCCUGUAUUGGAUACACCACAUUAUCUUCAACUCCAUGCAACUCUUGACCUUCAUUCUGAUGUGCCGCGUGGGACUAAUGGCAAAAUUAUCGACUCGAAUAUAUUCUGGCUACAUAAGGACUCGCUGGAUAAUUCCUUCCAAGCUAUUGUUUCUGCAGCGCAUGGCCCGGAGGACGAGACCCUCUACAGGCGAAUGAAGGACUUGAGCAGUGAAGGCUGGGACUUCUUCGUCCGAGUUUUCCCAGAUAACUCGCUGGUUGUUCGCGCAGUUGCAAACAUCGAUAGUCGACCUCCAACUCUUCUAAAGCAGUUCACCUUACUUCAGUCGCCACCCGAUACGUUGUUUUCAUACCCACGCCACCUUCAUAUUCUCAAGACUCCUAAUCACUCUUCUGUCAUUUUUGUCACUUCACCUCCGUUGCGGACAUACGAAAUGGACCCACUCCAUUUCUUUGAGGAUGGGAAAAGGGGCAUGGUUCUCCUUUCUCAAGGCCCCGACUUCAAUGAGAGCGAGACGUCUAAAAUUCUUCGGUUUGUCCGAACUCCAGAGGGACUCGGUUUUGCCAUCAUACGGGAACAUUUUGUUGAGGCAUGGAAUCUUCACUCUAAGAUCUCCGACAUGAAGUGUCUCGGUCGGUGGCCAAAUGCAGACCUUGUGACGGUGUUGGACCGCGGAAGGCGUAUUGCUUUGUACUCGGAAAUAGGUGAAGACCCAACGCUCACAGUACACCAAUGUUCUGCUCCAACGUACACAAGUACUGUAUCCGUGGAACGGCUAACCUCACUAUUCUGUCUUCCGUCCGGGUCAUCCAAUAGUAUCAUUGGUAUAACUCCGUCGUAUCAAAUUAUCCAGAUUCGUAUAAUUCCUGUUGACCAGGGACGUAAUCGAUCGUUUGAACUCAGGUCUUUGCCUCCAACUCAUCUUCCCACAUCCGACACACUCUCACUUGUCAUACCUGUGGAUCCCAUGGCAUGGAGUAACGCAAACGCUCCUACAAAUGGACGAGAACAUGACAUCCUCCUGAGUAUUUCCGAUGGUGGCGAGCUAGCAUUUUGGUCUUUUGCCGACGACAACGGUCAGAUUAACUGGAAAUGUACUGGACGUGUGAGGACAGGAAAGGCUGGAUAUCGGCUAGCAAGAUGCAGUUCGGCAAAAAAGACCGCACUUGUAUAUCCGGGUUCGACGGGAGACGAACUGAGUAUAUGGGACUCGAAGGAAUCGGAAUUCGCCUCGGGUCUGGAAUUUAAAUGCAUCUACGAGGACGAGCCAAUCAAUGAUUUGGAUUGGACAUCAACUCCUGACUUCCAAUCCAUCCUUGCUGUCGGUUUCUCUCAACGCGUGGUUCUGCUCUGCCAGCAACGAAUGACAUACUUUGAGGAAACACCUGCUUGGGGAAUGCUUGGUCGUAUCGAGAUUGGACAUAUGUUAACUCACAAUAUCACAGACUCGAUUUGGUUGGCUGGUGGAACGCUGCUCAUUGGAGCGGGACAUCACAUGCUGCAAUAUAGCCAGUGUAAAGCUCAAGAUACAAAACAAGACAACCCUGUAGGGCUGUUUGAACACGUCGCUUGGCUUAAUGGUCCGCUGCCAGAUUAUCACCCUCAGAUGAUUCUACAGUGCUUACUGUGGGGGAAAAUUGAGCUGGUGAAGGAAAUUAUUGAGAACUUGUACUAUUAUCUCCAGAAGCCCGUCUCCGACAGAACAUGGAAGAAUUCACCAAUUGAACACUUUCUCGAAGCUGAUGAGGUAUCGCGUUCGAGUAAAAUCGUUGCCAGGUCGCGGUAUUCGAGCUUCUUAAACUCGCCGGGAAGUAUCCAUGAGGAAGAAGAAGACGGAAGGUUCUCUCGAUCACUUGUACAGAGUCUUAUCAAAGAACUCGAAACAGAGCCUUUAGAGCAUCUGACACCCAAUGAACAUGCUCAUCUCAUUGUUUUAGUACAGACGAGGUUGGAAAUCGAGGAACAAAAAAGAUCACUAGAUGCCAAUGGGCUGCGGUACCUGAUAUCUAUGCGAUCAUUCUUCAUCCUGAACGCGAGACUCUCCUCACCGAAACCCCCCGGCACUCCAGCCUCGGCUGGCUCAUUCCCUCUCUCUUCUUCCUCCAGACAGACGCAUGCUCGUGAGCGACUCCGUUUUCGUGAUAUGGUCUGGGCAUUCCAUAGCGAGAGUCAGGAAAUUUUGCUGUCAGCUUCGGUAUCGGCCUGUCAUGGGAAAAUGAAAUGGACUGAUGCCAGAGCUCUUGGUAUAUUCAUAUGGCUGACAUCGGUCGAUUCUAUGAAAGCCCAACUUGAGGAGAUUGCUCGCAACCACUAUAUGUCUGGCAAUGCUCGAGAUCCAACGACUUGUUCGCUAUUCUAUUUUGCUCUUGGGAAGGUUCGACUGGUCCACGGCUUAUGGAAGCAAGCGGCUGGGCACAAAGAACAGCCUGUGAUGAUGAAGUUCCUGUCCAAUGACUUCAGUCUACCGCGAUGGCGUACCGCUGCGCUGAAAAAUGCUUACGCACUGUUAGGAAAACAACGCUACGAAUACGCUGCAGCGUUCUUUGUCCUAGGAGGCGGUCUUAAAGACGCGGUCAAUGUUUGCGUGAAACACCUGAAUGACUUUCAGUUGGCAAUUGCGAUAGCACGUGUCGUUGAGCCUGAGGGUGACAGACCCAUUCUCAAAAGCAUAUUGACGUCCGUCGUCGUUCCCCUUGCAUUUGAGAAGGGAAAUCGGUGGCUCGGGAGCUGGGCAUUUUGGUUACUUAACAGACGUGACCUCGCCGUUCGUAUACUGGUGUCGCCGCUGGCAGAUAUCUCGAAGUCACUAGACAUUCCCAUCAAAGAAAUUGGAGACCCAAAUUACGAUGAUCCCAGUCUUGCUCUAUUAUUCUCACAACUGCGGUUAAAGACCUUGCAGACCGCAAAGGGUACUGAGGAGAUUUCUAGUCAAACUGAAUUCAAUUUCGUCUUGCAAACGGCUCGCGUAUUUUGUCGAAUGGGUUGUCAUGCUCUUGCUCUGGACCUCGUUAGGUCGUGGUCAUUUGAUCGGCCCACUGGCAAGUCGCAUCGAUCAUUGCAGAUUAACGGUGAGGUGGAUGCCAUUGGUCCAUUGCCGAGUAGUGCUCGCCCGUCCAUCUUCGCAUUUCCAAAACACACACGUCGCUCGUCCGUCUUGAUCGAUAUGGAAGUGCCUUCCGACCCAUCUACGCGCACGACUUCUCCGGAACCGGUUGUUUCAAAUACGACAGGAGCAGAUGUUAAGACGGCAAACCCAACCUCGCCAUCACGAAAGUCGGGUCUGGGAAUGCUGAUGAAAACCGCAAAACAAAAUGUAUCAGUUCCGGAGUUCGACAUGAACGCAUUCUUCUAGAACACAUUGUGUAAUUUCAUGUCACGCAUACACGAUUGUAG